AUGGGUUCCGCGGCGUUCACCGAGUCCGCCGCGCCGUUGCUCCUCGCGCAGCCCGCGUACGCGCGCGACCCCGACGACGACGGCGCGCAUCCGGUCUCCGCGCUGCCCCCGGCGGCGCAGCUGGCGCUGCCCGUGCUCGAGCUGGUGGCGGCGGAGGAGAGCGCCAGUGCCAGCCCGUGGACCGAGCCGCUGGAGAUUAAUAGCGUCGCCGAGCGGCGCGCGCGCAUGUGGCACCAGCUGCGCGUGGCAUGCGAGAAGGUGACUAACGCGCGGGCGCAAGAGGUGGAGCGGCGAGCAGAGGCGGACGCACAAGCGAGUGCUGGCGGGCCAGCAGCAGUCGCCGGAGGAGCGCACGGGGGCAGCGGCGGCGUGCCUCCGUCCCCUCACCCCGCCGCCCCCGCUACUCCCGCCGUUGAGGCCGACGCGGCUGCGCCAUUCACAUCAGCAGGCGCGCGCGGCGUGCCGCCCGGGCUGCUGCAGUUCGCGCGCACCGUCGCGCGCCUCGUGGGGAUGGGAGAAGGCGCGCGCGUGGCGCCGGAGUGGAUGGCGGAGGACGCGGGGAGGGCGGAGGACGGGGAGAGGGCGGAGGCGGAGGAGACAGACAAGAGGGGGGGCGAGGGGAGUGCUGGGGUGGACGGCGCACCUGAACUCACGCCCUCUGCUGCUGCUGCCAGCGCUGCCGGAGGGCUUUCAGCGUGCAAUAACGAGGAUGAUCCUAGCGAGGUGGAUGGAGGGCAGGCAGCAGCAAGCGGCGGACGGCCGACAUUCCAGCAGUGGCAGCAGGGGGGCGCGCAGGGAGGGGCGCAGGGCGGAGUGGGCGCGGGGAGGGGCAUGAGGGUGGCGGUGGGCAUGCAGGUGCAGCUGCCUCGCACCGUGUCGCCCCGCGUGCGCGCCUCCGUCACUCCGCGCUCUGCCCGCCUCAGACGCCGCACCGGGGUAGCGGUGGGGGCGGAUGGGGCGGCAGUGCUGGGCAGCCCGGGGGGUGGCGAUGAGGGCGCGUGCGGCAGGGGCGUGGGGGGGCUGGCGGACGUGGCGGAGGCGGGGGAGGAUGUGAGUGUAUGGAGGGGCGGGGGCAGAGAGGGGGAGAGGGCGGGGUCGUGGGGCGUGCUGCUGGGGGGCGUGGGGCUGGUGCAGCAGCGCGAGCACAGGGAGCGCGAGUGGGCGCGCGAGGCAGCAGCAGCGGAGGCGCAGGCAGCAGCGCUGGCAGCAGCAGUGGCGGCGGAGAGGGCAGCGGCGGCGCGGAGGAGAGCCGGGCUGGACGGGCUGGAGGUGGCCGUGGGGGCGGGCGAGGGUGAGGGCGCUGCAGGGGCAGGGGGCGCGGGUGUGGCAGGGGCAGAGGGCGGGUGGGGCGUGGUGGGGUUCAUUCGGGUGGGCGGGGAGGGGGGGCAGGAGCGGCGGGUGGAGGUGGCGUGUGCCAUCCGUGUGCGCGACACGGCCUCGGGGCACGAGUUCCUCGUGGACCGCCCGGCACUGCUGCUCUGGGGGGGGCAAGGGCAGGGCGCAGACGGGGGAAUGGGCGGGGCGGGGGUAGAGGGCGUGGCGGAGGGGGAGAAUGUGGCGGCGCUGCUGGCUCUGAGGGCCGUGAGGCAGGCGGUGAGGGAGGAGCGCGUGGUGGAGGUGGAGAGGCGGCGCAAGAAGAAGACCCCCCUGGUAGCGGCAGUGACAGUGGGUGGUGGCACGGCGGGCGCAGGGGAGGGCGAGGAGGGCCCAGCAGACGGCGUGGUGGGCGGUGUGAGAGAGAGUGGCAGUGCACCGGGCAGAGGCGCCGUGGGGGGUGAGAGGGAGGGCGGCGAGGGGGAAGGGAAGGCAGGCAUGGAGAAGGGGAAGGAGGAGAAGAAGGGGAGGGAUGGCAGAGAGGUGGGUGCGGUUGAGAGUGGUGAGGAGGGGUCGGACGCGGAGUACCGCGAAGGGGUGCGGUUUGUGAGUGCGAGGCGGGACACGCUGGGGCUGACGGAUGAUGAGGAGCAGGGCGGAGAGGAGGGCGACGAGGGGCACCGAGGUGAGGUGUUUGCAGAUAUUGACGAGGAGGGGGAUGAGGAAGACGAAGAGGAUGAGGAGGAGGAGGAUGAGGAAGAGGAAGGAGACGAAGAGAGGGAAGGGGUUUCAGCGGAAGCAGCGGAAAAAGAGGGGGGUGAGAGGGAGCGGGAGGGGCAGAGUGGCGGCAAGAGUGAAUGGGCGGAGGAGAGUGGGAGGCGGUCCCGAUGGGGUCUCAAGGGGGGGAAGAGCAAGGCGGGCGCAGGAGGGGGGAAAAGUGAGGAGGGUAGGGACGGGGAGGAGGAGGGCGGAGAAGGUAGCAAGGAGGAGCGGGGCGACAUGGAGGUUGGAGGGGAGGGGAGCAACCAGGGCCGGCCCAAGUCCAGCCGUGGCCGCGGGUGGCUCAAGGCCAUUCGCCGCGCUGCUGGGUACGGCAGUGGCAGUGGCAGUGGCAGUGGCAGUGGCAGUGGCAGUGGCAGUGGGAAGGGAAAGGAGGGUGGCAAGAGUAAGACGGGACAGGGAGAGGGCAAAGAGGGCGGUGCAGGGAUUGCCGGGGGGCUGAUGGCGGGAGAGGGCAUGGAAGAUGGGGGCGGGUGGGCGGGGGAAGGGGAGAGGCCGGGGGAGCCAUCAGUGCCGCCAGGGGAGCGCUCAGAGCAGCCGCCUGCCGGACCACUGGGAGGCUCGGGGCUAGCCUCAUCCGGACUAGCAGGCUCGGGGCCAGGCAUGGCGAAGGCGUCAGCAGCAGGGGCGGCAGCAGGCGGUGCGGGUGGGGGGUGGGGCGCCCCUCCCCUGGGCGCGGUGAGGGUGAAGGUGUCGGCCGUGAGGAAGCCCAUCCGCCAGCUCUCCGACCUCUGGCUGCUCCAGGAGGAGGCGCGACGGUGA